AUGUCGGGUACAGGUCCUCGCGAAAAUGUCUUCGCAACACGGAUGGCUCUCACGAACAUGAAGCUCCGACUGAAGGGAGCAGAAACUGGACACUCCCUCCUUGCGAAGAAGCGCGAUGCGCUUACGACGAGAUUCCGGGCAAUCUUGAGGAAAGUCGACGAAGCCAAACGAAAGAUGGGGCGCGUCAUGCAACUCGCAUCCUUCUCCAUGGCAGAGGUCACCUACACCACAGGGGAUAUCUCGUAUCUAGUUCAAGAACAGGCAAAACUAGCCACAUUCCGCGUGAAGGCGACGCAGGAGAAUGUCUCUGGCGUCUUGCUUCCCGCGUUUGAAGUCGAUCGUACUCCUGGUUCAGACUUUAAUCUCACGGGUCUGGGCCGCGGCGGACAACAAGUCCAGCGAGCCAAAGAAGUUUACGCAAAGGCUCUUGAGACGCUCGUCGAACUCGCAUCCUUACAGACCGCCUUCACUAUCCUCGAUGAGGUCAUCCGAGCUACGAAUCGACGAGUGAAUGCUAUAGAACAUGUAAUCAUUCCGCGAUUGGACAACACGAUCAAAUACAUCAUAAGUGAACUGGACGAAAUGGAUCGUGAAGAAUUCUUCAGGCAAGUUUAUUUGCGUGACGGUUGCAUGAACUUUACAAGGCAAGAAAAAGAGGGACGCUGCCAUCGCUGCCGAGAAGAAAGCUAA